CACACGAAACUUUUCUUACUUCGGCAAGUGCAUUAGAGAAAGUUGCAAACUCCGUUUAAAAAGAAAACCUAUCAGAUUCAAUUGGGAUAGUCGAAAAUUGUGUCAAAAGUUUUGUGUGUGUGCAUCGCCGUCGAAAGUAGUAAAGUCGAAAAGAUCUUGUUCAAAAUGUGGUACAACAAAUUCAACUGGACUAUUUUGGUAUUUCUGGUGCUCUUCACUCUAGUGACAGGCUCCUGCUUGGAAUAUGGACAUUCUUGCUGGGGUGCACAUGGCAAACGUUCGGGCAACAGACCGCCAAUUGCAAUUAAGCAGGCUCCUCCCUAUGCCGACAACUUGGCUGAGCAAUUGAUGAGCAGCAAUGAUGAUGAGAGCAACAAUAAUAACAACAAUGUGAACAAUAAUAAGCUGAACGAUUUGCCGCUGACUGCAUCGGCCUUGUCACUGCCCAGCGAGCGGGGCGUGGCAGUGGGCGAGGGAGCAGUUGAGGGGAAUGCGUUGCGUGACGUUGUGAACGAUGGCAAAUGGACGCAGCUGCUGCGUCAGCAUCGAUACAAACUGCGGCAGCUGCAGCGACAAUUCGAUGCUGCAGAUGCGGCUGAGAGUUGGCGCAAGUUGCAACAAGCGAUGGCCGAGGCAGAGCAACAACAACAACAACAACAGCAGCAGCAGCAACAACAACAACAACGACAACUUGAGCAGCUGCCAAUUGGCGAUUUCUUUGAACUCGCGAAGUGAACUUUGACCGGCAAAUGUUAAACAGACACGCAAACACACAUCAAUACACACACACACUUACACCAUAUACACGCACACAACGAAACGCGAACAAUUAAACGAUAUUUAUGCCAUCAUGCGAGUGAUCUGCACUGUGGCCCCCAUUAAAUGAGAAGCACAAAAGUUGCGCAUACGCAACGUUGUUUUUUUGGCUUUGGCAAACGAUGCAACUAAAAAUUAAAAUUUGCAUACUGCAAAAAAUAUACCAUAUAUACGAGUAUACCAAAUAAAUUUUAAAUAAGUAGUUACACUUGGCUUUCGUUUCUUAUACAUUUUUUCUUUAUUCUUUUCUCACUUAUUCUUUAAUUAUGCAUAUACAUAUAUUGUAUUUAAUGUUUAAUGUUCAAUUGUGUAAAACAAAGAAACAAAAAACAAAAAAAAACACACAUUAUUCACAUACAAUAUUGCGUCAUUGGCUGGAUGCCGCAAUAUUGAACAUUUUUUCACUCUUUAACUUAAACUCUAAAAAAGCGUUACUCUAAUAAAAUUCUUAUAACUUGACUCGA